UUUAGACUGCCAUCUGCCUGGUGAUUGGAAUGCUCUUUCGCCAUCCGACGGAUUUCGAUUCAAGCAGGAUUUGGUGUAUGUGUCCUCUACUUUCUGCUUUCAUGGCUGUAAUCCACCGUUCGACAGGGAGCUUCAAUGCAGUGAUUGGUCACAUAGUCAUCUUACAGAAGAGCAUAAAACUUAUGCUGCUACAGCCUACAGAUGCCUAUUGCUUGCUCGAGAUAUUUGGUGUCUUCCAGGCAAAGGUUGCAAGAGAAGGGGAUCAGCUGAUGUUGAGGAGCACCAAAUGCAAUGGGAGGUUUAUUUGAAAGCCUCUGACAACUGAAGAGGCUGUUGAAGCUGCAAAGGGUUUCCAAAAAUUCCUGACUGUUUGGUCAAUAAGAACCUCGAGUUUUGGCAGUGCAUGGACUGCAACCAACUAUACUGUGAGUGUAUUGGAGUGGUUAAAUCCAUGGAAGGUUCAAGUGGGGCAGCAGCAGAGAGAAGAGCAAGGCCUCAAAAGGAUCAAGCUCUGAAUUGUCCAAGGUGUAAUUCAACUAACACCAAGUUCUGCUACUACAACAAUUACAGUCUCUCUCAACCAAGAUACUUCUGCAAGACUUGUAGAAGGUAUUGGACUGAAGGUGGCUCUUUUAGAAAUGUUCCUGUGGGAGGUGGUUCUAGAAAGAACAAGAGAUCCUCAUCUUCUUCUUCUUCUUCAUCAAAGAAUAAGGUUCCUGAUCAUCAUGAUCUGAUGAUGAAUAUCACCUCAUCAUCACCUGUUGGCUUCGCUCAUCAAAACCCUAAUAUUAAGAUCCAUCAUCAAGCCCAAGAUCUUAACCUAGCUUACCCACCACUACUACUUCAUGAGGUACCUCAAAACCCUAGUUCUACUAGUACAACAUCUCAACAUCAUGGCCAGCAACAUCUCUCAGCAAUGGAAUUUCUCAAGACGGGAAUAGCUAAUUCAAGAGGAUUGAUGAGUUCCUUCAUGUCCAUUCCUGUUUCAGCUGAUUCAAAUAACACCAUGUACUCAACUACAGCUGGGUUCUCCUUGCCAGACUACAAACCAACAACCCUCAAUUUCUCCUUGGAAGCAUUUCAAAGUGAUGGGUAUAAUGGAACUAGUACGAAUAUUACUGCUCUUCAAGAGACUAGCACUAGUACUGCAAGGCUUUUGUUUCCAAUGGAGGAUAUGAAGCAGAUUCCAAACCGUACUAGUGCUACUCCUACUACUAGUACUCAAUUUGAGCAGAAUAGAGGCCAAGGAGAUUCAACAGGGUACUGGCAAGGAAUGUUUAGUGGUGGAUGGUAACAAAAGAGAGUGAUAUUAAUUGAUGAUUAUUAUUUACAUCCCAUUUUUUAUUAACUACACCCUAUUAACCUUUUAAAAACACAUUAUAAUGGGGUGUACUUAAUAAAAAAUGAGAUACAAAUAAUGUUCAUCAUAUUAAUUUCUCUUUUCGUCUUGUCAUAUUUAAAAUAAUACUAUCUGAUGGUCAAUGUGGUGUUCUUGAAGCCUGAAGCUUAUUUUAGGUUGGCUUCUUCAAAUGGGUGUCGCAAGAAAUGAAGAUCCAUGUUUAAAGAGUA